GCGGGCGGCCGAGGGGCGGGCGCGCCGCUGCAUCCCCAUCCUCGGCGUAGCUCGGCUCAGAGCGAGCGAGCGAGCAAGCGGCGACUGGCCGGAGCAGGCGGGCGCAGCGCCGAGGCCGGGCCAUGGCCACCACCAGCACCACGGGCUCCACCCUGCUGCAGCCCCUCAGCAACGCCGUGCAGCUGCCCAUCGAUCAGGUCAACUUUGUAGUGUGCCAGCUCUUUGCCUUGUUAGCAGCCGUUUGGUUUCGAACUUAUCUACAUUCAAGCAAAGCUAGCUCUUUUAUCAGACACGUAGUUGCUACCCUUCUGGGCCUUUAUCUUGCAUUUUUUUGCUUUGGAUGGUAUGCCUUACACUUUCUUGUACAAAGUGGGAUUUCCUACUGCAUCAUGAUCAUAGCAGGAGUGGAGAGCAUGCACCAAUGUUGCUUUGUGUUUGCUUUGGGAUACCUCUCAGUGUGUCAAAUUACUAGAGUCUAUAUCUUUGAUUAUGGACAAUAUUCUGCUGAUUUUUCAGGCCCAAUGAUGAUCAUUACGCAGAAGAUCACUAGUUUGGCUUACGAAAUUCACGACGGGAUGUUUCGAAAGGAUGAAGAACUGACUCCGUCGCAGAGGGGAUUAGCUGUGAGGCGCAUGCCAAGUCUCCUGGAAUAUGUAAGUUAUACCUGCAACUUCAUGGGCAUCUUGGCAGGCCCACUGUGCUCCUACAAAGACUACAUUGCCUUCAUUGAAGGCAGAGCAUCCCACGUGGCACAGCCCAGUGAAAACGGAAAAGAAGAGCAGCAUGGAAAAGCAGAUCCAUCUCCAAACGCAGCAGUUACGGAGAAGCUCCUGGUCUGUGGACUCUCCUUAUUAUUCCACCUGACCAUCUCCAACAUGCUACCGGUGGAGUACAACAUCGAUGAGCAUUUCCAAGCCACUGCGUCAUGGCCGACCAAAGCCACCUAUCUGUAUGUCUCUCUCUUGGCUGCCAGGCCUAAGUACUAUUUUGCAUGGACCUUAGCUGACGCCAUUAACAAUGCUGCGGGCUUCGGUUUCAGAGGAUAUGACAAGAAUGGAGUGGCUCAAUGGGACUUAAUUUCCAACUUGAGAAUUCAGCAAAUAGAGAUGUCAACAAGUUUUAAGAUGUUUCUCGAUAAUUGGAAUAUCCAGACAGCUCUUUGGCUCAAAAGGGUGUGUUAUGAACGAGCAACCUUCAGCCCGACAAUCCAGACAUUCUUUCUCUCUGCUAUUUGGCAUGGGGUCUACCCAGGAUACUAUCUGACAUUUCUAACGGGAGUGCUAAUGACGUUAGCAGCUCGGACUCUGAGAAAUAACUUUAGGCACUAUUUCCUGGAACCCCCUCAACUUAAGUUAUUUUAUGACAUCAUAACAUGGGUGGCCACACAGAUAACAAUAAGUUACACGGUUGUUCCGUUUGUGCUUCUCUCCAUAAAACCAUCAUUCACCUUUUACAGCUCCUGGUAUUACUGCCUUCACAUCUGUAGUAUCUUAGUGUUGCUGUUGCUGCCUGUGAGAAAGUCUCAAAGAAGAACGAGCACACAGGAAAAUGUCCAGCUCUCACAGGCCAAAAAGUUUGACGAACGGGAAAAUUCUCUGGGACAGAACAGUUUUUCCACGAUGAAUAAUGUUUGCAAUCAGAACCGAGACACUGGAUCCAGACACUCGUCACUAACGCAGUGACUGCGAGAGCGUGUGAUGGCUGUUUCCCGGCUGUGAACAGAAGCCAAUCUUGAGGCCUUUGCAGAGCCUCUUGUUUAAGGAAGAGAGACUAACUGGGUAGAAAGGGACAGUCUCGGAUAGGGGGUUUCCUAUACACUAGAUUGGAAAUGGAAAGAAAUAACCCCUCCCAUGCCAUGUUCCUGUGGGUCAUGCCUUAUACAAAAUCUUCCCAUGAUUCAAUAGGGCACUCUGACCUCAGCAUCUGCCCACAAGGUCAUCCGUGUACCCUGUUGCUGAAUGUACACUGCGUAUCCCAAGGCACUGAAGAGGUGGAAAAAAAAUCAUGUCGAUCUGGAUGAUUAACUUUUUCCAAAUGAAUGUCUUGCCUUAAAUCUCCCGUUUCCUAAAAUGUUGUUCCCGGAUGGUAUUUAAGAGUGUAAAAUCGUGAGGAGACGAUUUCAAUAUUUGAUAUGGUGUGCUGCGGAGAGGACUGAGGGGAGUCUAAAACCAGAUACUUAAGGUCGUGGGUACUUUAAAAAUGCAAUAAACAUCUCAGUAUUCGAAGGGUUUUCUUAAGGUAUCUUAGAGGCCUGUGUGCAUGGUGGGACUGUAAACAGUCAGGGCUUAAUUACAGGUAGCUUAUUUUUCUGGGAUCUUAAUUACCUGGUGUCAGUCAGGGGGCCCUCCAAGGAGGACUUUCUUAAACAUAAUUAAAGGUUGGCAAUGUGAUAUUUUAGGCUUAUUUUCUUAAGAAAAAAAAAAAAAUAAUAAGAGGGAAGAUAAGGGAAGGGGGCCAAGGAAAGCCCCGUGGGACCUGGAGCCAGCAGCAGAGGGCUUCCCACUUCUGUGUCCGAGACCAGUGUAACUGUAUGGGACACAACAGCUUAACGUUGAUAACACUGUGGACUUUCUGAAGAAAUCUCUCGAGCAUAAAUUACAUAGAGUUAGAGGGGGUUAUAAGAAUAACAGUGAUAGAUGAUUUGAAGAUUUUGAGGGAAAUCUCUAGUAAUUAAGGUUCUUGUAUGGUUCAUCAGUUUCUUGUUCCUAUCCCUUUCAUUGCUAUUUGGGAAAGAUGUAGGGAAAAGAAAACUUAGUUGAUGAGUCUAAAUGACUUUUUUAAAAAAAAAUUAAUAAAUUAGUUUCUAUACUCUUUAACUUCAUGCAUUAAAAUUCUUCCAUUAAACUCUUGUUAAAAUGGGUGUUAGAUUCUAUCUAAACAAAUAAGUGUUUUCCUCUUAGGAUGCCACUCUUGCCUUGAGUGACUGGGUUUGUCUUUAAUCGCACAGCAGUGCGGCGUGGGCUGGGUGGGUAUGAGAUGGAAAAUAAGCCUGAGCCUGUAGAGGGGAAGGCGGGGCCUUUGGGCCUCACUGCCAUUUGACCAAUCUUUUUUUGUAUGAAAUUUGUUUUGGUUUUGCCUUAAAUUUUCAAAUGAAAUGCAAGUUAUCAGUCUACAAUGAGUUUGAUUUUGUUGGUUUUUGCCACUAAUACAUUGUAAGUAGAGUUGAGGAAAAAGCAGCAAUGGAGGUGGGAACCUAAAGAUGUCAGGGAGAAGAAAGGUGCAGAUGCCGGUCUGGCCUUCUAGCACCUAGGAGCCAUACGUGGCAUGGCUGCUUUUUUGAAGACAGGUUGCAUCUGAUGAGGAGAGUCUUCUCCUGGCCUCUAGAGUUCUCCCUAUUACUCCUCCCCGGGAAUGGUUUGCAAAUACCUUUUCUUAGUUUUCUUUCCCGUGUGUUGAAAUCAAGCUAUCUGUAGAAUUGGAGGAGAAAGAAGAGCAUAUUUAUGGAGAGUACCCGCCCCCGAAUGUAUUUUCUACGAUUUCAUGAACUUGGUGGAGAAUUCAGUCACUGUUAAAGACAGCCCUGGGCGGUUCCUAAGUGAAGCCAGAGCAGCUUUGGGAGCUGCUGCGGGCUCGAUCCAUCUAUCCAGCCACUCACAGAUGACCACGUUUAUAUCUGCCACCCCAACAGACUUCGUUUCUAAACUUGUACAUUGAGUCACCGUCACCUGUUUCCUCGUAAUGAAUUUAUAAUCAUAGUCCUAUCAUCCAAAGAGCGAGACAGUUGAUCACUGUUCUCCUUCCUGGCACAUACACUGCGUUCUAACUUGGCUGAUUCCCUUUUUCAUUCUUCUUCAGCUACUAGUUACGUUCGUGGGAUUAUUUUUGGAUGACUAUCUUCUAAUUAGGAGACAUAAUCAGAACUCGAUCUAAAAUCAAAUAAAUUCUCAAAUCCCCCCCCCCCAAACCACACUCUAUAAAAUGAAUGUUUAGUUGGGAUACUGUCAAGAUUGUUUCUACUUAGAAGGAUUUAAAACUAAUGUUUGCACUACUGUAAUUUCUGAAAGAGGUCAUUAUACCAUGUGUUUACUGCAUUUAACCGGCAGAACAGGGUUCACUGUGUGCUUAUAGGAUUUUUCCAUUUCUUGAGUAUCCUGAAAUCAUUCUGGAGAUGGUCAAUCUACAUCAUAUUUAUACUUCUGUCCAAUUAUAUACUACUCAGGGAAAAUAGAACAAAAAAUAUUCUUCCCUCAAAUCUCAUUUUCUUGAAACAGUAAUUGUCAAUUUGGUGUGUCUCAGCUCACUUAUUUGUUUGUUUGUCUUUGGGUUUGUUUGUUUUUUUUUAAUUCAUAUUUUACUUGGAGCUUGGAGUGACUUUAAGAAUACUCAGAGACGGAGAGAAGGUUCUCUGGGUUUCAGAGAGUCCCUGACUGCUGUGUCUUAGCAUGCUGGUCCCUACCGUGGAUGACGCCCACACGGGGUAUCUCCACACAUGCCACUUUGGAGGAAAACAGUUUCAGUGGAGGUUUCUAGAAAAUGAUGGUGAUUUCGUGUAAGUACUUAGUGGCCUGGCUGGUCCUUCUGGCUCUUGCUGGGGGAGCAGCACCUUUUCUUCCACCACCCCCAGUCGUGUAAGGCAAAGGGCAAAGGGAAGGGCAGGGUCCCAAAGGGAACUAGUAACUGUUGAUGCUUUUUAUUUCUGGGGCUUGCGGUAGUGACAUUUUAAAAAAUGGAUGUUUAGCAAAAGGAGGAAUACCUAUUGAUCCAUUAACUCAGAACGGGUAGCAACAGGCCAUUUCCUGGUUGCUUUCGUUAGUUGCUGUUUCUGCUGGGUAAAACCGGAAAGGAUUAAAUACUCCCCAUAAAUUGCUAAUUUUACUAGACAGGGUUUGCCACCAUGUAACUCUACAGCAAUUAUUUUAGUCAGAGAAUUUAGUCGUUUUUUUUUUUUUUUUUUUUUUUUUUUUUUUUUUUNUUAAUUACAGAAAACAGUUUAAAAUCGCCAUCAGAAUAAUCAUGAAGGUUUUACUUUUGAAGACUAGACAUUUAGGACAAAUGCUUUUCCUACUUGAUACCCAUCCUUUGUCAGCGUUCAUCUUGUGUCUUCAUGAGCAAAUCUAGAAUAUGGUACUUACUGUUUCCUUAUCAGUUGUUCAUAAGUAUCAGCUCACCGACUCUUAAAGAGUUCCACACUGUAACUGACCCAAACAUUCUUGAGAGAGUAGACGGGUUUAGAGUAAUUGCUUCUGCUGUGUCCACUGAGAUUUGGACCGACUGUAUAGUUAGAAACCAGUAUUGUGAAAAGUUUUAUUCAGGUAUUAAUAAUCUACCCUGAUUGAAGUUUAACACACCCAGUUUAACCUAGGUGCAGAAUUCUAGCUUACACUGUGACUGUAACCUUAACCUGCCCAAGGACCAUACAUACCUGUUACAUUCCACCAGCGGCCUCUGAGGAAUGGUUGAUCACUUGGCCGAUUGCCCUCUUGGCUAACUUUCUGCUUCCCACUGCCCUUGGAAGAGUGAGUUUGUAUCAGGCUUCCAAAAGCUGAAGGCAGAGAUUUGCAUUUUAAACAAAUCCACUCAGAAUUCUCAAGUUUGAUGGGUUAGAAUGUGGCAGCUCUCUACGGUGAUUUCCUGUAACAGCAUGUAGUCAAACCUAUUGAUGAUGACGCUCCUCCUGGAAGAAAAUUUAAAAUGAAAUUUUCCACACUAAUAUUUUGUAGGAAUGCUCUUAUAAUCAAUGACUAAGCUGCUUUUUGAGGCUCUUGUUGUACAGAGGAGGCAGCCAAUUUACAUUUUAAUUCGUAGGCUGCCUAAUAAUGUUUUGUAUGUUUUCAGAUAAUUUAUUUUAAUAGGCUUUUAACACAAUGCAAACUCCAGUGAAGAACUGACAAGAAGCUCCACAGGUCAUUGAUUGGGGAAAUUUUGUCAAACACAACCUAAUGACACAUUUCUAUGCCAGCUAAUUUGUCUUGCCUUUAAAACUGGUGGUAACUCUUAAUGCCAUUUUUAUAAAGCAAGGGACAGCCUGUCUGUUCUAUAAAUAACCCUUCAAAGAUCCUGUAUAACCACUGUCUGAAAGCGAUCCGGUGACACAAAGCCACCUCCAGCUGUGUUUUCUUACAUGUUGCUUCUGUAACCAGCAAUGGGAUAUACUAUAAAGCCAGAAGUUACAGAGCACAGGGAGUAAAAUGACUAAGCAGUUUCUGGGGAGCAUGUCUGGAAUAGAAGAGUGGGGGUUGCCUGCUGCAAUCUCUUGAGGGGGUGCUCCCUGCACAGGCUCUAUUUUGGGAAAACUUCUUUGAGAGAUUAGUUUGUUAAUUAUUUUCUCUGUCCUUUCAUGGGGGAAGGACACAGGUAGAGAGCGUUUGCUAAACUUUUGAAAUGUGUCUCUGUCCCCCAUUUUCAAUGUCUUUGGUUCUGUGCACACCCAUCCGUCCGUGAAGUGCAUUUGCUGCUGACUUAAUCACACACAGAAAGGACGCCUGUGCUGAAUGGAGGUACCGUCCUGUCUGUCUUCUGUCAGCUUUAUGUACGUGAAGGUGCCCCCGUAUCAGAAGGAGCAUCACUUGAGGCGGUAGGAAUGACUGGGACACAGAUUCCUGGGACGUGAAGGCCCCAUCAUGUUCAGAGGAAGGUGCCUGGCUGCAUAACCUGCCUUCCCUUUCACCUGAACACUGGUCGCCUGUCUUGAGGAGAGCCUCCGCUCCCACAGCCAGCACUUGCAGCAUUUCCAUUUGCCUUCCCUGGUGGAGGAUAGCAUGUGGCGGGCUGUGCUUUUUUUUCUUGUUCUUUUAAUUCGAAGUUUUUUUUUUUUUUUUUUUUUAAAGAAGUGUUCUUUUUCAACCGAUCCCCAAAUCAGUUGUCAUUGUAUGGUGAGUUGAAACCACACUGUAUCAGACAAGCUGUGACAUGAUUCAUAACCAUUUUUCCCAUUCAGUGUCUUCAGAGCUACACAGUGGCUGAUUGCUGGCUUUUAAAGGUGUUUUUAACUUACAUGUGGCUUUUUUUUCUUAUUAUUUCUGUGUCUUUAAAGGGAUUAAACGGUAGUU